UUACUGCUCUGCUCUUUCUCUGACCAGCUGUAAGGGAGCAUCUUUGUGCAGCUUUAGAAGGGAUCCAUCAUCUAUAAUUGGACAACAUGGCAGACAAAGACACUGCAGAGAAGUUCCUUGACAACAACCCACAGUUUGCAAAGGAGUACUAUGAGAAGAAAAUCAAAGCAGAUGUGAUCACUGCUGCCUUCAACAACCAGGUCCAGUUGAAAGAUCCGGCCUCUUACAAGGAAGUCUCCACCAUUCAGGAGGCCGAGUUCAUCUUUGAUCUGUUAAAAGAGCUGCAGGGCGACAACAUGAUGGAAAAAGCUCUGCAUAAAGUUCUCCAGAGGAUUGCUAUGCUGAUCCAGGCUGAUCGGGUCAGCUUCUUCGGCUGCAGGGCUCGCAACGGAGUACCCGAGCUGUCCACUGUCCUCUUUGAUGUGACACACAAUUCUCCAUUUGAGAAAAAUUUUGUGAACCCAAAUGUAGAGAUUGUCUUUCCCACUGACAUGGGGAUUGUUGGUUGGACGGCUCACUCUAAGAAGCCUCAGAAUAUCGCCGAUGUUAAGAAGGAUUCUCACUUCAGCGACUUUGUGGACAAACAGACCAAAUACACCACCAAAUGCAUGCUCACUUCUCCCAUCAUGUAUCAAAAGGAACCCAUCGGCGUCAUCAUGGCACUCAACAAACAAGGUGCAGAGUCAUUUUCAAAGAGCGACCAAGAGCUCUUCACUAAAUAUAUGAACUUUGCUAAUGUGGUCCUUCUCCAAGCCCACACUGCUUACAUGUGGGAUGUAGAGUCAAGGAGAAGCCAGGUGUUGCUGUGGUCAGCCAGCAAAGUGUUUGAAGAGUUGACGGACAUUGAGAGGCAGUUUCACAAAGCUUUGUACACAGUGAGGGUGUACAUCAAGUGUGAGAGGUACUCUGUGGGACUCCUGGACAUGACCAAAGAAAAGGAGUUCUUUGAUGAAUGGCCAAUCAAACUAGGAGAUCAGGAGCCAUACAAAGGCCCCAAGACACCUGAUGGCAGAGAAAUCAGCUUCUACAAGAUUAUUGACUACUUGCUGGAAGACAAAGAGGAGAUUAAAGUUAUCCCCGGUCCUCCAGCCGAUCACUGGGCUCUGGUCAGCGGACUCCCUUCAUAUGUCGCUGAGAAUGGAUUUAUCUGCAACAUGAUGAAUGCUGCAGGAGAUGACUACUUCCAGUUUCAGAAAGAAGCAGUGGAUGAGACCGGAUGGACGAUUAAAAAUGUCCUCUCCCUUCCGAUUGUGAACAAGAAGGAAGAAAUUGUUGGCGUUGCCACUUUCUUUAACAGAAAAGAUGGCAAACCGUUUGAUGAGAACGAUGAACAAAUCACAGAAGCUCUGACUCAGUUCCUCGGCUGGUCCACACUGAACAGCGACACAUACGACAAACUGAACCAGACUGAAUGGAGGAAAGAAAUCGCCCAGGAGAUGCUCAUGUACCAGACAAAGGCCACACUAACUGAAGUGCAGAGCAUCCUGAACACUGAAGACAAGUUUGGCUCUGUACCAGAAGACUGUGACCAGAAAGAGAUGUACAAGCUGCUGAGAACCACCAUCCCAGAGGCCAAGGACGUCGAGCUGCGCGAGUUCCGCUUCAGCGACUUCCCCCUGUCAGAGCUUGAACUCAUCAAGUGCGGCAUCCGCUGCUUCUUUGAGCUCGGGGUGGUGGAGAAAUUCAAAGUCCCAGCUGAGAUCCUGACACGAUGGAUGUACACGGUCCGCCGGGGAUACCGUGACAUCACCUACCACAACUGGAGGCAUGGCUUCAAUGUUGGACAAACCAUGUUCUGCCUGCUGCUAACGGGUAAGCUGAAGAAGUACUACACUGACCUUGACGCCUUUGCCAUGGUGGCUGCUGGAUUCUGCCAUGAUAUUGACCACAGAGGAACCAACAAUCUCUACCAGACAAAGAGUUUAGCCCCACUGGCAAAACUGCACAGCUCCUCAAUUAUGGAGCGCCACCAUCUUGAGUACAGUAAGACGCUGAUGGAGGAUGAGAACCUGAACAUCUUCAUAAACCUCCAGAAGCGUCAGUUUGAGACGGUGCAGCAUCUGUUUGAAGUUUGCAUUAUCGCCACUGAUCUUGCUCUCUACUUCAAGAAAAGAACAAUGUUCCAAAAAAUAGUGGAAAGUAUGGAAGCAAUUCCAGACGAGAAAGAGAAGAUAAACUAUGUCUCCACCAAUCCAACCAGGAAGGAGAUUAUCAUGGCAAUGAUGAUGACAGCCUGCGAUCUGUCAGCCAUUACAAAGCCAUGGGAAGUUCAGAGCAAGGUUGCUCUUAUGGUGGCAGCUGAAUUCUGGGAGCAAGGAGACCUGGAGAGGACAGUGCUUGAGCAGCAGCCUAUUCCAAUGAUGGACAGAAAUCACGCUGCUGAGCUGCCCAAGAUGCAGUGCGGAUUUAUUGACUUUGUCUGCACUUUUGUAUACAAGGAGUUCUCCCGCUUCCAUACAGAGAUCACCCCCAUGUUUGACGGGCUGACCAUCAACAGGGGAGAGUGGAGAGCUCUUGCAGACGUCCAUGAGGCCAAGAUGAAGGCUAUUGAAGACGAGAAGAAGAAGCUGGAAGGUGGAGAUGAACAAGCUGCAGAGGGGAAAUCAAAGACAUGUGUUAUCUGCUAGACCUCACGGACUGUCAAAGGAUUUACAAGUGGUUGGCUGGAUGUGUAUUUGUGUGGUGUGUGGAAUUGCAUGAGCAUGAUGAGGAAAUUCAAAUGUGCAAAAGUACCCAAAAUAUUUUUAUAUGCUGUGUUAGAACAUCCAUCCUCUUUUACAAAAAGCUGUUUCAAAUCACCAAUCCUAUAACUAUAGGAUCCCCCAGUUCAGAUUAUACUUGUAUAUACCUACAGAAUUUUAAAAACACAACAUGUGUGUAUAUUACUAUACAUAUUUUUACUGAAAAUAAUUUAAGGAUAUUUAGCUCACUUUGCUUUUGGACGUUGUGUGAAUAUGAAAUAUUAGGCUGCAAUAAGAUGCAGUCAGGGCGAUUAAAUCUGAAUAUUUUGGGGUUGUAAAUUUAAAAGAGAAAUGUUCCUACUUUUGUUGAAAAAUGACAUAAUUAACCAAAUUACAAGUUCUUCUCUCUCUCAUUGCAAGAGGUUGAUUUGAACCAUAUGUCUCUGGCAACCUCGCUGAGAGAUGUAAGAAGAUUUGACUGAAUUGGAUUUGGUUAUAAGCCCCCUGGAGCCCCCAGGCUUUCUUUUUUUAAGUCCCCUGCUUACAUAAAGUAAAAAUACUUCCGCCCUGCUCAUAAGUCAAAGUGUGCAGAGUGCAUGCAGCGUUAACAGCCAGGAAGGUGUCAUGAGGAAUCACUGCAGGGGGUGCAUGCAGUUUGGAAAUCGAUAUAUGUUGUGAUUUCCUGGGAGCAGAUAGAUUGUACAGAACAUAUUGUAUUUUAUUUCUGAUGAUGAAAGGGUUUCUGUAAUUUGAACAGGACAUUACACAUUGGAAUACUAGCUUUGUGAAUAAAUGUGACUAUCAAACAUGUGUAGCUAUUAAUACACAGUUAUAUGUGCAAUAGCAUCAUGUAUGAGUUAUGAAAAUGUCAAUAAAGUUUAUUUUCCAAUCA